UAAGUUUUGCUUGGGGGGAACAACUUUUGCUGCAUCCCGAUUCCCAUUCAACAUUUUUGUGACAUCUCCACAUACACACGUCUGAUAUUAGUUUUAAUCGUAACAUUGGACCAUCAGUGCAAAUCAGAGAAUUUUGUCGCUUUCUACUUCUAGAAUAAAAAUGGACAGAGAAAAUCGUCAGAAGGAAUCGCCCAAGGUGGAACUUCACAUCCAUUUAGCUGGAGCUGUGAGAGCAUCCACGGUUUGGGAACUUGCAAAGAAACGUGGUGUUGAAGUGCCAGGUUCCAACCCUGAGGAACUAGCUCAUAUCAUCAACAACUUCGAAAGAGGGGACCUCUCCAGUUUUUUGAAAACGUUUGGAAUCUUUUCACCAGCUUUUGUUGGUGACAAGGAUGCACUUCGCCGCAUCGCCUAUGAGCACUGCGAGGACAAAGCAAAUGAGGGCGUGGUCUACUUUGAGACACGUGUGAGCCCGCAUCUUCUGUCUAAUGCACAGACAACUUAUCACGAUAAAGUCAAAGAUGUUCUCUCAACGCGGGAGGCAAUGACAAGUGUCUUGGAAGGACUAGAAGCAGGGCAGAGAGACUUCAACAUCAAAGUCCGAGUGAUUGUUGCUACAACUAAGCACAAACCAGAAUGGGCUGCCGAGUGUCUCCAACUUUGCAAGGAAUUCAGCCCCAUGACGGUUGCCAUGGAUAUCGUAGGAGUAGAACACAUGCCACUGGACCCUGCAAUUAUCAAAACUUUCCAAGAGGCAGAACUUUGUGGCAUUCAUCGCACUGUACACGCUGGAGAGGACGGCCCAACUAGCGCUGGUAAUGUCAAAGAAGCAAUCGAGUUACUCAAAGCUGAGAGAAUUGGGCAUGGGUACCACGCGCUGCAAGAUGCGAGUAUCUAUCAGAUGGUUAAAGACUUGGACAUUCAUCUUGAGCUUUGUCCAACAUCCAGCGUCUACACCGGGUCAUGUGACCCUGACUACAGCAAACACCCAGGUGUUAGGUUUACCAAAGACAAAAUCAACUUUUCUCUGAACACGGACGAUCCUUUAGUCUUUCGGAACACCAUCAAUGAUGAGUUUGAGAUUGCAAAGAAGUACUUUGGACUGACGGAUCAAGCAGCUAUCCAAGUUACAUUGAAUGCUGCGCGCUCGACCUUCCUGCCAGAGCAAGGAAAGCUGGAGCUUAUUCAACAAUUGAGGGCAGCAUACAAUCUUACCGAGUGAGCUUAGAGUAUUUUAAACUUAUAGUAACUACAGAUAUUUACAAAGUGCUUUGGAAAAAGGUCAAAUCACUUAAAGGUAUUCAACCAAAUGUUUGUUACUUUUUUUCAGAGAAAAAUAGGCACAUGUAAUAGCACUUGUGAUAUGAUUUAAAAUUAUUUUGCAAAAACUGGGAAGCAGUUGUUUACCUCAAAGACAUUUUAUUAAUGCAGGAAAAAAAAGAGGGAUUUUUCAAUCUUCAACUACACACUGCUAACUGCAGAAUCUAAGCUUAGUGCUGUUUGCUUUCUCAAAGAGUCACAAGGUCCAAAUUCAUUUUUUGCAAGUUCCUCGCUUUUUUUGAGUUGCCUGUGAAUAGAGUAAUGUACACAUUCAAUGCAGUAAUUCUCAGGUGAAAUAAAAAAUAUUGGAAAAUGAUAGAUGCACAAGUUAUAUAUAUAUAUUUUUUUUGUGCUGUUUCCCAUUUCCCAUUUCCUAGGGUACACAUCAGGUAGACUUUUACAGUUUGCAGUGUCUGUGACAUUUACAUGAGUUAGAGUACCCAAGCUUUUGGGCCGUUGUCCUUCCUCGGGAGCGAUUUGGGCAUUUUAAGUUUAUUUUCGAUUGUCGGAGCUUUCUGUAAAUUUAAGUUGGAGUGUGUUUACAUCAAACAAAAUUUUAAAUUUAAAUUGUGAAGAGACAGUUUGCUAAAGUGUAUUAUUUGUCAUCAGAUUUAAGUACAAAUAUUGUGAGAAAUACAAAUUUGGAAUGUAGUUUUAAAUUUUAUUAUUAAAAGGAAUCAUGGAGAUGCAAUACUAAUCAAUGAUGAAUUGAUCAAGUUCCCAUCCUAAAAGGAAAUGUUCUCUGAUAAGUGUAACUCAAAGACUCGGGAAGUUACAAAUUCAGUUCAAAUGAGUACUUGAAUAAUCUAGAGGCUGUGAUAAUUAAAAUAGAAUUUAAUCGAUUUUGUGGUUUAAUUGCGGAGCCCAACGAGUGUGCAAUCAAUAAUUAUGUAUUCGGUUCAUAUUUAGCGUCUGAUUAGGCUAUAAUCCUUCAAAUGUCCCCUCAGGUGAAUAUAUGAACUACUGCCCUCCUGGUAGGUCAAUGUGUAUAUUGUUUGUUGAAGUUGAAAUAGAUUGGAAUUCCAUCAAGGUGCUGCAUUUUUCAAAACUAAUACAUGUUUGACUAUGUAUUUGAUAUAUUAGGAAUCUAUUUUUAGAAACUGUAUUACAUUAAUUAAAGAGGUUUAUCAAGAAAUUAAAUCUA